AUGGACACCAUCAAGAACACGCUAGCCGAAAAUUUUGGAGGUCCGGCGGAAAAAUUGGCUACCCAUCAAUUCAGCCUUGACGAUGUGCCUGAUCUUUCUGGAAAAGUGGCCGUUGUCACUGGAGGCAGCGAGGGCAUUGGAUAUGGUGUUACGUACACGCUGCUGAAGCACAACAUAGCCAAGAUUUAUAUUCUGUCGACUUCGGAAGAAGUAGUCACCGGUGCUAAGGCUGCGAUUGCUGAAGAGCUCGGUCAAGCUGCAGCGGACAAGACAUACUGGUAUCAGUGCGACCUGUCUGACUGGAAGAAAACAGCAAGUGUGGCUGAACAGAUCGGAAAGAAUACUGAUAGACUUGACAUAUUAGUCAACAAUGCGGGAAGGGGUAUAAUGACAUACCAACUAACUGAUUAUGGAGUCGAUCGUCAUAUGGCCGUAAACCAUCUUGGUCAUGUAGUUCUAACGUCCAAGCUGCUCCCACUGUUGAAGAAGACGGCAGAAAAGGGAGAUCGGGUCCGAAUUGUCAAUCUUGGAAGCAAUGCCCAUCAACAGGCCCCGAAGGAUACCAAAUUUGAGAGCCUCGAGGAGUUGAAUCAGGACCUUGGCCCCAACCCGCAGUAUGGUCGUAGCAAACUCGCGGUCAUGCUCUAUGCUCGCGAUUUCGCAAAGAAAGUGACCAACGCAGGCCACCCUGACGUCCUUAUGAACUCGGUUCACCCCGGAUUUGUCAGUACUAAGAUGAGCAAAGAAGACAUCUUGGAGCCAUUCCCACGAGCCGGCUACGCAAUGGCCAUAGGCAUGGAGCCAUUCAAAAAGGAUCAGUUUGAGGGCGCUAAGCCUGCGCUAUUUGCGGCAACGGUCACUGACAAGUCAGGCCAAUAUAUAUGCCCACCAGCGGUUCCAGAAAGCGGCAACAACCUUGCACAGGAUGAUGCUUUAGCGGAACAACUAAUGAAGUUGUCGCACCAAGUUAUUAUGGAUAAAAUGAGAAGCCAAGAUAAGCUCUCCAUCGAGCCGUCCAAGUCUCCAGAUGCCAUUUCACUUGCUAGCAACUCAACAAUCCGCGACUUCCAGUCCUCCAAGCGACCGUCCGAACGCAUCUAUACCGUGACAAUCCACGAGUCACCAUUUGUUCGCGACGAUGUACUCCUGAAUUUCGAUUUGGUAGGCGGUGGCGCUAUCCAGCCCGGGACUUUGAUGUCUGUGACCUGUAUCAAGCCGGAGACGGACCGCUCCGAUCGACUGCAGGGCUCCGUAUAUUCGUCUUCAAGGCCGCCGCUCCAUGCAAGGGCUCCUACUGCUGCGGAUCCCAGAUCCAGCGAUGAUUCUGCGCGGAGAUAUGUCUUUGUCGCUAAGGACAUGCCGAAAGACUUAAAAGCUCGGAUGCCGACUGUAGAGGUAUAUGUUGCAAAACAUGUAGGGGAUGCUUUUAACUUGAGGAAAGGAGCCCAAGUCAUACUAGUACCGGUCGACAACUCCUCACCAGCCAUUGAAGCUUCUCAUGUCGAGUUGUCCUUCAAAGAUAUGUAUCUUUCGCGAUCUGAUAUGUGGAAGCUUGCUGUCGCAGACCUGGCUGAGAGGACUGUGUACAAAGGCCAGAUUAUAUAUUUCCUAGGAACCAUCAAGGCUACCGUUACUACCGUCUUUGUCGCUGGUCGCAAGGUCCAGUCCGCCUUCUUUGGACGCCAAACACACCCCAUUCUUAGAAGCGAGUCGGCGAGAUAUAUGUUGUUCAUUCAGAUGGCACGUGAGAUGUGGGAAUUUGACUCUGACGGCUCUGGCGAGAUUAUGUUUUACAAAGUUGUCAAUGGCUUUCUGCCUGCUCUGUUCAAGAAGUGGGCAAUGCUUCAGGUAAAACACCUUGUCAGUAUUGUCCUUUUCUCGCGGGUUGAGUAUGACACGGGAUUGACUACGGAUCUGGCCAAUACCGCCCUUCACGAUAAUUACUACACAGGUUUCCAGACGUCGGGUAGUAGGCGACCCUAUAAAGAUUUCUACCGUGUUGUUGUGAGUGAAAUAUCAAGUGGCGAAUGGACCAAGAUUCUAGAUCAGUUAAAGAAAGAGUUUAAUGUGUUCCGCCGCGAUAUCAAUAUACAUCACCGAGAGGCCAUGAGUAAUGCAAUGGAAAUCCCAGAAGAUCCGGGUACAAAAGGCGCAUCAAUUUCCAAGAUCAAGGCUGAGCCAUCCGCCGCUAUGUACGGAAACUUUCUUGAAGCCAUCGGCUUGGCCUCCUCAAUCUACGCGUCUGAUUACAUUGAUCGAGACUUGCUACGAACAGGCAUAUCUAUUGUGUUGAUUAGCCCUGGACCGGGCGUUUUUGAGGUCGAGUAUGAAUCUUUGAGGCGCACCACGGAAGCUCUCGUAGGCAAUGGGAUUGGCAUAGACCUCAUAUGUAUUCCCAACCUGCCUUUGCAUUCCGUUCCCUUGUUUAGGUAUCGCAAUCCUCAUUUCAUCAGUGCUAGUCAACGAUCACAACCCCUAGUUCUGCAAAGUCACGACAAUACACCCAAACAAACCACUCCUUUGGGUAGUAGCUAUUCCACCAUUUAUGAGUCUUCGUCUCCCAACAAGGCUACCGAUGCGUCAGGUCGAAGUGAGAUAGCUGGAUCGAGGUCAACCGAUGAGUGGGCGUUCGCUUUACCUCAGUGGCUGCAUGUUUCUUACUGGACAGGGAAGUCCGAAGAGGCUUUGGCUUUUCAUGGCGCCACGCUGUCGGCCGUGAAUCACUCGUUGAAUAGCAACUCGCGAGACGAGUUUGCAAUUCGAUGUAGAUUGUAUGAUCUUCAAAUGAGAAGUGUCCUGGAAACCAACGAAAUCGAGACACCCUACUUAAGCUCGGAUCCCUCAUUUUCGAUACCCAUGAGCAAGCCACAUUACGAUAUAUCACAUUCUCGGAACCGGAGAGGACUGGAUCUAUUUGAGCCAGUAUAUGGUUUCCAAAAGUUUACCCCUGAGAAGCUUACAAAACCUGGUGAGACGUCCCUCUGGAAGCAGCUUCAAGCAUUUGAUGAAUCUCGAUCUCGGCUUCCUCCUCGAAAUCAAACUGCAGUCUCGAGUGACUAUCGAGAACUUGAGGAGCAUACUAAAAAACAAUUGGUUGAAGAUACCAGUCUAUUCGGAACAUCUGUUGGCGACAAACGCACCUCUGGUCCGUCAAUAAUGCUGUCAUCGAGCGUUGCUUCGUCCAAAGUUGAGUCUGAAGGAACUCAGUCUUCAACGAUGUCUCGUAGGGACUCGACCGCAUCCACCUCACAGCACAAAUAUAGUUCGGCAAAGGCUCCAAAACUCAUGCGGCACAUCAGCCUCGGUCACCGAGGAUUUGGGAUUGCGGCUCCAAAAGCAGCUUCUGCUGAAUUGAAAACUGAACACGUUAAUGCUUUCCAAUCUAGCGGUACAGGCAUUAUCAAGGUACCAUCGACAUCAAGUUUAUCACCGAUGACACCUAUCCAGCACGCCUCACGAAGAAUAUCGAGACCGUACACUGACCCUGCGUCCCCUCCGACAUUUGAACGCAGAAAAACGCAUUUAGAUGAACAAAACCAGGGCCCCAGGCCGAAUACGCCGACCAGGCCCAUCCAAAUUAGAGCCCCUCCACCAAGCAUGGAUACGAUAAGUACUUUGAAGUCAGGGCCUAUUGUUCCUUACUCUGUAGCUCGAAGUGCGCACCGUGACGACCGAGACACAAAAUAUUCGGACGUACUGCGGGAAGAGGAUCAGAAAAAGCUCUAUAAUUCCAAGUUGAGGGCUGGUGGAGUGCCAGAACUACCUUCUACACUUUCGCCUACAACAGCCAUGGCACCAUGGCUAGUUGUUCUUAAUCCUUCCAACCCUGAUGCUAACAGAGUCGAUGACUCGGUACUCUUCAGUCGCUGGCAACACGUGUUUCCCGUGCCGUCUGAGAUGAAAGUUAUGAAAUGGAAAUCUCUAUCAUGUCCAGCUGCGGUUCCCCUGACGACAGAGCACUUUCCUAGUCAGUCACAGUUGAACGCAGAAUACCAGCGUCAGCCAUAUAAUGUCUCUCAAGAUAUCGAUGACGAGGUUGGAGAUGAACAGCCAUCUCGUGCUGAGCUCUUACAGGACCUUGUCAGCGCUCGCUUCGCUCAUGGGUUUCAAGUCAUCAUCGGGCCCUCUGUAGCUAAAGCGUUUGACCAGAAAGCUGUCCGCAUUGCUGACAUAUUUUCAAUAGACAAAACAGUAGGCGAUGGAACGUGCAUUUUCAUGGGCAUCGGUAACACAAUCCACCAACUAUCGUGUGUUAAUGGUACUGAAGUUGAAGUGAAUAUCUUUUUAGGGCACACGCUGUCAUUAUACAAGCCAGCAAUUCGCACCAUGUUCGAUAAGACCUAUGAAAGCAUCGAGAUCGACAUUAUGACCCCAAAACCCGAAAGAAAUUGGAACUAUAUCGAUUCUUAUCUUGCAGGACAUACAGAUGAGAUGACAGAAAACCUUAGGUUCUGGAGAGCCCGUUUUGUGCUAAUACCAAUGUACCCUCGAACGUCUUCUAUUCCGCAAGUGAAGAAUGAAGACGACGUAGAAGAGAUUCGACUGGAAGGGAUCAAAAAUCUCGCCCAGAUAUGGCAACGACAUCGUCACCUUUCACCAGAAGAACGACAAUUUCAAAGUGUGGGGACCAAAAAGCGAGACCCAAAUCCCCUCGACAUUAUUUACAAGACGGAAAAUGCGUCCGUAGUUAUCGCUGCAGAGAUGGAGACGUUGCCUUUAUUUGAAAAUGCUGAAGGUGUCCACCGAAAGGGCCUCGUAUCCAACAAAGAGCGCUUUUCGAAGUCCAACUUCAAUGUGGCAGCUCUUGCAGAAGCUAUCCAACAACCCAUUGAUGCUGGCGGAAUCCGGAUGCAAACGCGGCGGUGGCAUUUUCGUUUACACUAUCACUGCUUUAUCGGUUUAGACAUGACCACGUGGUUGCUCGACAACUUUGAAGAUCUUGAAAGCCGCGAAGAGGCUGUCGAGCUAGGGAAUACUUUGAUGGUCUAUGAAGAUGACAAACCGCGAGACAAGGACAAGGAAACAAAAGAUCUGAAAAAGGAACGGGACCGCGGAAUUUUCGUCCACGUAGAAAAGCGACAUAAUUUCCGCGAUGGGCAGUACUUCUAUCAAAUAGCAAGCGAGUAUUCCAAAGGUCACCCACAAAGUUGGUUUAACCGGAAGAGGGACGCCUCUGUACCUGCAACACCGGCAUUGGAAACCGUACCAGCACAAUCGCCUCGACCCUUCCAGCCUAAUGUCCCACGUCCUAGUUCUUUUGAUGGUGAAGAUUCACAGACUUCCUGUCAUACAACACCGACAGUUGGGCCUUCGAACACCGCCGGAACGCGGCGACCAAAAGUAGUGUUAAGCAAGAUGAUGAAAUAUGAUGUUGACCCUCGCAAGAAAUCAUUUCGACCCGAAAGGAUCAAUCUUCACUAUGAUAGAUUGCAUAACCCCGACAACUGCUUUCAUAUCAGGCUAGAGUGGAUGAACGUGACCACGAAACUUAUCGACGAUGCCUUGAAGACCUGGGCGGCCACUGCUAGUCAGCAUGGUCUUCGCCUAGUCGAAAUCCCCAUUGCAGAGGCUUGUAGGGUCAAUGAACUCGCGAUCCCGCCACCAACCCACCCACAGCCACAGUCAGAUAAAUAUUUCUACCAUAAAGCAAUACUCAAAAAACUAGACUAUGUACUCGAUUACGAAGCUGCCACUAAUUUCCCGAGCAACGUGGACGUCAGCUACUCAUGGGGCAGGCCAGAUUUCAAGUAUUCGCAGUAUAUUCACCGUUCAGGUGCUCAUCUAGUUCAGAUCACCGAAGAUGGUGAUUUCUUAUUAGCGGCUAAUCGAUUAUAUACGAAUCGAGUAGCCGCCACGCAACCAGCUCAGUUGCAAGCUCGAGCUGAGCUCAGCCUAUCGCGGCCAGUAGUUGCCGGCAAUACGCACACCAAUCGCCGAGCUAUCGACCCGCCACCUGUAGCCUCUCCUAUGACGAGACCCGUUCUAUUUGCACCAUCGGCUCGGAUAAACCCUCCUGAGUCAUCACCGUUGCGUAACGUGUCUGGUUCAAAGCCCGGCUGUGGGCCCACAACAACAUUUCCUAUACCGGAGGCGCUCAAGGAUAUACUCGUUGAGUUCUGCACCGAUGAACAGACUCUCGAGGCUUUUUACAAGGAGACUCUGGAACAUGGUAUUGAGACACCGCUCGCAGUUCCUACGGAUCCGAAUGUCGUUCCCGAUGCUAGUAUUCCAUCUUUGGGGCUGCCUCCCGGGAUUCUAAGUGCUGGUGGAAACGACCUAUUAAUCACCCCUACACCCAGAGCCAACACCCCAAGCCUAGCCAGCUCGCUGCUCUUUAGACGAGGCAGUGUCCAAUACUAG